AUGUCAAUUAUCUCAAACAAGACUGAAGAUCCUGAUCUGCUUAUUGACCGCAACGAAAACUUCGAACCUCCUUCAAUAAAAAGCAACUUAGUAGCAGUUCAGUCGCUGUUCAGAACUUAUCAUAUUCGGGCCUUAUUUUCCUUAAUAAAAGAAAAUCUUCCAGCCUCACAUUUUGAAGUAUUUACUACUUUUUCGCUAUUCAAAAAUCAUUUCAAUUCUUAUAUUCACAAAAUAAUCUUAGAUCAUCUAGAAACGACUGGAAUGCGCUUUAAACCUGAAGAAAUAGCUAAUAAAUUAUGGGUUGGACCAAUCACUGAUGAUUUUUAUAACUUUUAUUACGGAGAAAUAAAUGAAUUAAAAAUUCCUCAUGGGGUCGGAGUUUUAGUAUCGUUUUGUUGUGUAUAUGAGGGGUCUUGAGAAUUUGGAAAAUUCCAUGGAAAAGGUAGAAUGAUUGACACAAAAAAUGGUGCUUACGAUGGAGACUGAAGCCAGGGAGAAAAGCAUGGCAACGGAGUUAUGAUAUAUUGAGGUGGAAAAACAUACACCGGCACUUGAGCUAACAAUAAAAGAAAUGGGCAUGGGAUUUUGGAGGAUUAUCGAAUUCGCUUUGAAGGAAAUUUCGAAAAUGAUUUAAAAAAUGGAUAUGGAGAGGAGCUCUAUCCUGAAAAGUGAUUAUAA